GGGUUCACUCUGUGCCGCAGCCGCAAAUAUGUAUUGGAGGCGAGGACGCGCAAACAAUCCCAGUGAAGAUGUAAUCUCACCGAUUUCGGAUGGUGUCUGAUUAAUGUUUUUAAAAACUGUUCGCUGGAGGAUGGAGUGGGUCCGGCCGAGCCCAGCCAGAGCUCUAUCCCUGUGGACGUUGUUAAUCUGCAGCUUCAAUAUCGCAGGUCUCCGGCCGUUGUCGAGUGUCCGGGCGGAAUCUCUGGACGUCGUCAAAGUGACAGGGGUGUCGGGCGGCGAAGCCACGCUACCGUGCGACACUCGAUCUCCCCAGCCGCCUGAUGCCCUGCUGCUCGUCGUGUGGUAUAAGGACGACGUGCCUAUUUACAGUUUCGAUGGGCGAGUGAAAGGGCCCACGGCACACUGGGCCGACGAUUCCCUUGGCGGUCGAGCGGCGUGGCUGCCGAGCUCGCCUACAGCGCUCAGGCUGCACCACGUGCAAGCCUCAGAUCGUGCCAUGUACCGGUGCCGGGUCGACUUCAAAGUGUCGCCCACCAGAAAUCAUAAGAUUUCUUUAGAUGUCAUUGAGUUACCAGAAAAACCGAAAAUAUUCGACGAAUUAGACAAGGAAGUGAGUGGCGUGGCCGGACCAUACAUAGAAGAUACCAGUCUCAAACUCACCUGUGUUGUAAGUGGAGGCAAACCAAUGCCACGCCUACGAUGGUGGCGGGACGACAAGCCUAUUCACACCCUGGAUCCCUUGCAAGAUGGUUCUGGGGUCAGCACACUUGAACUGAAGAUCCCUCGGCUUACCAGGGACUAUUUAGAAGCUGUGUAUACUUGCACCGCAGAUAACACACUUCUGGUGCCUCCGUUGAGGGUCAACGUGCAAAUACAGUUAUACUUGAGGCCACUAUUAGUGGAAAUCCUAGCAAGAGAACAGCCGCUGUCAGUUGGCCAAGAAGCUGAACUAGCUUGUAGAGCAGUGGGGGCGCGACCGCCGGCCAUCAUCACCUGGUGGCUCGAGGGGAAACAGAUGAAUGCUGAUGGACCACAGAAGAAUUCUGAAAACGGAAACGAGACGGUUUCGUUCCUGCGCUGGACUCCCCGAAUGGAGCACGACGGUCGAGUGCUGACCUGCCGGGCUACUCACGCCACCUUAGAACAUGUCACGAUUGAAACGACGAAGUCGCUAAGUUUGCAUUAUAUGCCUAUCGUGUCCCUACAAUUGGGGCCCAAACUGAACCCUAACGACAUUGAGGAGGGAGAUGACGUAUACUUUGACUGCAGUGUACGGGCACAUCCACAAGCCUACAAAGUUGUUUGGGAACAUAACGGCCAGAUUAUGACGCAUAACCAGCGGGCUGGCGUGAUAGCCGGCCAAGCCCACCUCGCUCUGCAGGGGGUCUCAAGAGAGAACGCCGGGAAGUAUGUAUGCACCGCAUCCAACGUGGAAGGAGACGGUCGGUCUGCGCCUGUUACACUGCAGGUCAUAUAUAAACCGGUGUGUAAGAAAAAAGCACCGGCCAUCGUUGGAGCAGCACUUCAUGAAGCAGCCAGAGUGACUUGCGAAGUGGAAGCUUACCCCGCUCCGAAUAACUUCCAAUGGAUGCUCAACAAUUCCAUGGGGACUGUAGAGUUGGAUCCUACAAAAUUCACAACAAAGAACGGCCAGUCGAUCCUCACAUACACUCCAACCACGGAAGGGGACUACGGGUCCUUAUCAUGCAGAGCUACAAACCUGGCUGGCCAGCAAAUGGAACCGUGUCGCUAUACGCUGCUGCCUGCAGUGAGACCGGACCCGCCUUUCAAUUGUUCGUCCGUGAAUCUAACCGAAGAUUCAGUUGAGCUGCGAUGUAUGGCUGGUUACGACGGUGGUCUGCAUACUCUAUACUUCGUCGAGGCGUGGGAGCACGGAGCGUUGUUGACGAACGCUUCAGCCAUAUCUCCCGCGUGGAAACUUCGCAAUCUGGGCUCCGGGAAAGUCGUGAAACUAGUUUUCUACGCGAGUAACGCCAGGGGGCGUUCGGAGACCACGAUGUUGCGGGUGCUAACGUUGUCUCGGCUGGCUUUACAUACUGAAGCAAAAACUACAAAUGUCAGCCCUCUGGAGGCGGGUUGGGCAUUGGGAAUCAUAGCUGGGACAGCGGGGACCCUGGUUGUUGUCGCCAUCGUAGCCCUGCUGGCGAGAAGGAGGCAUCAUAGGCCCAUGCAGUAUGAAGCUCCGAUUCAAACGGUGAAGGCAUACAUUGGAUCGAUCCAGAGCAACAACCAUUCGCCUAUUCAGCCAGAUGACAAAAAUCCGGACGUGAUACCCCUGGGAAAAGAUUUUAACUGCGCCCGUGAUGUGGAACGGCCACCCGAGCCCCCGCCCUACGGAGCCGUCAUGUCGCCGCCCGUGGGCUGCUCUCGAAGCGCACACAGCAUCCACCAGGACAUGCGAUCCAACACUCCACACACGCCGAACACUCCCGCCUCGGAUGUUCAGAGUAUCGGGACCUUAGCGGACGAUCGCCGCAGCGUAACAAGCGGCACUCUGUCAAGACGGAGAGAGGUCGUCACGACAAGGACUCCUCUUCUGGCGAACACGCGAGAGAGCUGCGUCUAGUCGGCAUUGACAAAGUGGACAGAACGCUCAGAAUUUUGAAUAGAUAAACAAAACACGAAUUUAUAAUAGCGUUUAUUAUAUUCAUUUUGAAAAUAGGUCCAUAUUUUAUUAUGUAUUGAACCGAUUACAUGUUUCGUUUAAAGCAUCGUUGUGCAACCUUACCUGGAAACCGACUCGAAGUUUUAAAUGUUAAUUUGUUUUUAAUAUAACUAUACGACCGUGACAUGAUCCGCAGUAUAUUAGGCUUACAUCAAUUUGCAGCAACACUUAAUCAAAUUUUGAAAUCAUAAUAGAAAAAAUCUUGAAUGCAUUAAAUUGAAAUUUAGUAAAUUUACAAGAAAAAUAUAAGAUUACUGUACUGCAUAAAGCGACCCAUGUUAUCCGAAGCAAUUCAUAGGUUCGUAAGUGGGCAUUUUCAGAAUUUGGGACCCCCAAUUAGCGUAAGUUGUUAACAAAAAUUAACUCACUGUCAGUUUUGUGACGUUAAUUAAGCAUGACAUUUCUGUAAAAAUAUUGUUUUUGUGUUAAUUACAUAAACUUUGAGCGAUUAUCUACAUUCAGAAUGUGAAGAAAGUAAAUUUUCAGACAGAUUUUAUGCUUAAUCUGACAUCGAGUUAAUUUUUGUUAACAACUAACGCUAAUUGGGGUGUCCCAAAUUCUGAAAAUGCCCAAGUACUUGAAGCUGUCAGAAGCGCGUCGGUUGAGUAAGAGCUACUCAGGUGAUUUGUACCUAUAAUAAGUUUUCGACGACGAUUAAAUGAAUACCGGUCAAAAUAUAAUUAUGAUUUGUAUCCAUGCCAGAGCACAUAAUCAUAAAACACUUUUAUGCCACUAACAAUAUAAAUUUUACAAGUAUUCAAAUCAUAAGUAUUUUCUAUCACACCUGCAUGUAAAUAAAUAUAAUUUCAAGUAUACAAUAGAUAUGUACUAUCAACAAAAUAUAAAUUAGUACAUUUCAAUGUAACUUAAGAAAAAAGUACCAAUCUGUUACCAAUAUACUUAGACGUAUUUCUGAUUUCGGUCUCCACACAACACAUGAUGAUUGAUGAUAGUCAGAUAUGUGUCUAAUUAUCUUGCUCUCAUAAUACCACAGGAAAUAAAUUUUAAAUCUCUAUAAAUAUUAACUACCUAUAUAAAACUCCCGUGAGAAAUAGACAUAUUUAAAAAUAUUUUAAGCGUAUAUUUUAUCGACUUAAUACGUAAGUAACUCGCUUAAAAUAUGUUUAAAUAUGUCACUAUAAAUAUACCAAAAAUGCAUAACACAAAUGACAAUCAUGACGCGUCGAUUGUUCAAAAGAAAAUUUAAACAAUGAAAAUGAAAAGUUUUCUUCUAUUCCUUUAAGUACGAAACAUUUUCAGUGUGAGUUUUAUUCACAUCGAUUGAUUUCUUACAUAUUUCUAGCAGGUGUGUUGGAAAAUAUUGUGUUGAAGGGGAUACUCACUCGCGUAAUAUGAUUUGACUGACGUUUACAAUGUCAAAACCCUACAACCGGGAUUAUAUCCUCUCAUCUAUAGACCAACCAAAAACGUUUUUGUAUAAAUGCGUUUUUUGGCAACAAUAAUCUUUUAUAAUAAAACAUUUUCAUAUCAAUUGCACAUAUUCACAAUCUUAAUAUCUUGGCUCAGUAAUGUAUAAAAUAUAUAAAGUUCGUGUGACUGAUUCGGUAUCUUUGUAUAAUAUUCUUUUUACGAGUAUUUUUUUGGCUUUCUAUUUAGUUGAUUUUUAUAUAAUACGAAAAGGUCUUUUGUUAAAUAAAUAUUUAUUUAACAUAUUUAUUUCAACAUGAAAAUGAAACAUAGGACAAUAAAUCCAUUACAUAAUAUUAUAAAGGUAACAUAACGAAAUAAUAAAAAAACAUUUAACUUCUUAAAAAAAACUAUCCGUUUCAUUAUUUAAUGUUACUGAA